AUGACAAAACCGAAUACGAGCGCAGACAGUGGUUUCGGUGCACCAUUGUUGGCUGAUAUCUUUGAGGCCACGGUGACGAACCAUUUGCAGUGUCCUCGGCCAGUUGAUGAACCGAAUCACUUGAUGUUGGGUUCCCUGUGUGGUACCACCUUAGGUGUAUCCCUGGACAAAGGACGUCGGGCCUUUGCAGAAGCGUUGUUUCCUGUGAUCAUGUCUGAUGGUUUGGCCUUGGGUCAGAAACCGCUGAAUGGCGAUUCGUGGAAAAUUUUAAUUUUUCCAUUUAUGUCAGAAUGUCCAGUUGGUUUCGUUUGGCCAGCUACAAUUAGCUAUGCCGAAUUCUGUGAUUCUCUGGAGAAUCGCAAUAGUAAGGUUUUUGGGGGAUUGAAACCGUCUGAGGGGAAGAGUUCGCUUUCUAAAGGUAAAUUGAUCGCAUUUGACAAACUCAAUGUCAAAAUGGAUCCCGAGGAUGAAAUGUAUUCUUUUGAAGAAGAAGUUCUUCUUUCUCCUCCAUCUGAAGCGGAAUUCAAUCGUACCUUCAGAUUUAUGCCAAAUCCAAUCACGAUGGCAAACAUUCAACAACAUCAGCUCCAAGAUGUUGCCCUCAUUCAAAAAUCGCAAAACGCAGCAACUUGGGCUCAAUAUCCCAUCAUGCAAAUUGACAAUCGGAAUGUGAUCUGCUACCGUGCAGAUUUGAAUAAACCUAACGAAUGGAGAAUUCACUUGCCUGAAACUUUGGUUGCUCCAGUGAUUGUAUGGUAUCAUUUGGUACUUGGACAUCGAGGUACUACCUCUUUGUACAAUACAAUCGUCCGGUGGUUCUAUGCUCCCGCUUUGAAAAGAAAAGUUGAAUCCCUCAGAUGUGAAGUUUGCCAAGUGAAUAAAAAUGUGAACAUUCAAUACGGACAUCUGCCUGAAAGACACGCAGACUUGGUUCCGUGGUUUUCUGUGGCUGUGGAUUUGAUUGGACCUUGGAAAAUCAAGGUCAACGAACAAAACGUCACAAAUGUCUUUGAGAAUCUUUGGCUUUCUCGAUAUCCAAAACCCUACAAGUGCAUUCACGAUCAAGGCGGCGAAUUCAUUGGUCACGAUUUUCAGUUGAAACUACAGCAGUGGGGAAUUCACGAUGCAUCGGCGACAAGCAAGAAUCCAACUGCCAAUGCUAUCUGUGAACGGAUGCAUCAAACUGUUGGCAACAUUCUACAAGCAAGAUUCAACAACACUAACAUGGCCCCAAACAUUCAGACAGCUAAUCAAGCCGUCGAUGAUGCUCUCGCAGCAUGCAAUCAUGCUAUGAGAUGUGCUGUUUCUCAGUCUUUGAAAAACAACACUCCAGGUGAAGUAGUGUUUGCUCGUGAUAUGUUGCUCAACAUUCCUGUCAUUGUCGAUCUUUUGAGUAUACAAGAAAAGAGACAAUUGAUGGUCAACGCAAAUCUACGGCAACAGAAUGCUAAACGAAAGGAGUUUGAUUACAACGUUGGUGGCGAAGUUUUGAUCAAGAAUUUCAAUCCAAGUAAAUUGGAUCCAAAGAUGGAAGGUCCGUAUCAAAUUACUCGUGUGUUUACUAACGGAACUGUUGAAGUUCGCAGGAGUCCUCAAGUCUUUGAGAGACUGAAUAUACUGCGUCUUGUGCCGUUUCGUCAAGUCUAG